UUAGCACGCACGCACGCACGCUUGUAUCGGGCAGGCACCUGGACCACGAAGUGAUAGGCUGCAGGGUAGUCUGCUGUGCACGUGAGGAAAGGCGGUUAUCGAAUUGUUUGUUAGUGAGAAGGGAGGCGAAGGCAGGCUCAUCGCGGAAAGGGAGAAGGCUGGAGUCGGCCUUUAUACUUCUGGUUAGUAAAAGAGAAAAACGAUCUGAACAAAAAGGAGUCCGUGACGGUGGAGAAGAGUCGGAUUAGGUAAAAGCUGCGAACGGAUAUACGUGUAUAGUGGGAGAACAUUGUAGUGCUGCCCUGCUGCUGCUGCUGUAUUUCUCUGGGCGAGAGAAAGAGAAAACUGCCAUUUACUGUAACGCCAAGAUGGAUGUCAAAAAGGAGGAAUGUGAGAUCGACAUGCAUAUCAUGGAGAGAACGACCCGACAUGUUAAGGAGGAGGACUGUGAAUGGGAGUGUGUUCGACUUAAACAGGCGAGUCUGGCCAUUAAUGUUGAGGACUGUGAACUGGGAUCAGUGGGCAUUAAAGAAGAAGCUGAAGAGACGUCUGUCAGCAUUGAGGUACACAAAUAUAAAAGAAUUGAGAGCGUCAAGGAAGAUGAACAAGAUGGAGCAAUGACUGAGUUAGUCUCUUCUCAAGGCAGACACUGUCCAUCACGGGAGUCUUCUAUCAAGUCUGAAUCAUUAGAGUCUGAUGCAAAAAGGAGUGAAGAAGUUUCAACUGUUAGAACUCUGGAGGAUCAGCCAUCAACUUUAUCGAAAUCCAGAAAAGGAGACAAACUUCAUUGCUGUUCUGAAUGUGGCAAACAAUUCACAUCCAGGGGAUAUCUUCGGAUACACAAAAGAAUUCACACGGGAGAGAAGCCUUACUGCUGUUCUGAGUGUGGCAAGAGGUUUUUGCAGAUAAGCCAUCUUAAGAGCCACCAAGGAAUUCACACGGUAGAAAAGCCUUAUAGGUGUUCUGAAUGUGGCAAGCAGUUUUUAAAAAAGAGUUUACUUCAUAGACACCAAAGAAUCCACACAGGAGAUAAACCUUAUUGGUGUUCUGAAUGUGGCAAACAUUUUUCGCACAAAUGGGAUCUUCAGAUCCACCAAAGAAUUCACACUGGAGAAAAGCCUUACUGCUGUUCUGAUUGUGGCAAACAAUUCAUGUCCAUGGGCUAUCUUCGGAUACACAAAAGAAUUCACACGGGAGAGAAGCCUUACUGCUGCUCUGAAUGUGGCAAGAGUUUUUUGCAAACGAGCCAUCUUCAGAAGCAUCAAACAGUUCAUACAGGAGAAAAGCCUUAUUCCUGUUCUGAAUGUGGCAAACAGUUUUUGAAAAUGAGCAAUCUUCAGAUCCACCAAAGAAUUCACAUGGGGGAAAAGCCUUACUGCUGUCCUGAGUGUGACAAGCAGUUUUCGCACCGCAGCCAGCUUCAUAGGCACCGAACAAAUCACACAGGAGAAAAGCCUUAUUGUUGUUCUGAAUGUGGCAAGCAAUUCCCACACAAGAGCAAUCUUCAGAUCCACCAAAGAAUUCACACAGGAGAGAAGCCUUAUUGCUGUUCUGAAUGUGGUAAAUGCUUUUCUCGAGGGAGCAAUCUUUCGACCCACCAAAAAACUCAUACUUGAGAGAAGCCAUAUUGCUGUUCUGAAUGUGGCAAAUGCUUCAGCUGCAGUAGCCUCCUUGAGAAUCACAAAAGAGUUCACACUGGAGAGAAGCCGUAUUGCUGUACUGAAUGUGACAAACGAUUCUCACAAAUGAGCCAUCUUCGAACCCAUAAAAGAAUUCAUACUGGAGAGAAGCCGUAUAGUUGUUCAGAAUGUGGCAAACGAUUCUUACAAAUGAGUUAUCUUCGGAGCCAUGCAAGAAUUCACAGCGGCGAGAAACCAUAUCGCUGUAUGGAAUGUGGCAAACAAUAUGUUUACAGUUGCAGUCUUAAAACGCACUUAAGAACUCACAGUGGAGAAAAGCCUUAUUGCUGCACUGAAUGUGGCAAGCAAUUCUCAAUAUUGGGCAAUCUUCAAGCCCACCAAACAAUUCACACUGGAGAGAGGCCAUAUUGCUGCUCUGAAUGUGGCAAAGAUUUCUCAAAGAAAGUUAACCUUAAGAAACACAGAAGAAUUCACAGUGGAGAAAGGCCAUAUUGCUGUUCUGAAUGUGGUAAACGAUUCUACAGCAGUAGCAGCUUUAGGAGACACACAAAAAUUCAUACUGGAGAGAGGCCAUUUUGCUGUGCAGAAUGUGGAAAAGGAUUCAUCAGAAAUAGUCAUCUUCAGCAACACUCAAAAAUUCACAGUAGAGAGAAACAACAAAAUUAAAAAAUAACGGUAAAACCGACAUGUGCUGAUUCUGCCAAACAGUCAUGGAAAAGUUUUCUUGUCUGUUUGCACACAGAGACGCAACAAAGUUGGCAGAUUAUGUCACUAUGCAAAAAAUACAACUUGCUGGGACCUCACUCCAGACCGAAUAACAGAAAAGAAAGAGGUAAUAAACAAUUAGAACUUACUGAUACCAUCUGAUGGCAAAUCAGGCAAAGAUAAAAUGCUCUGAUAAAGCAUGGAUCAAUGCUGGUUCAUCCCAACUGAUAUUCUUGAUCAAAUAUCAAAAAAUGCAAUCUGCAAAUGUGGAAAAAACUCAACUGAGAUUGUAUCAGAUCAGUUCCAUCCGGAUGCCCUCCCAAUUACCACCUCACCAUACCAAUUACAGAAGAAAGAGGUCUUAGGGACAAUUGAUGUACUACACCAAGCCUAAGAGAAUAAAAACCAUAAUAGUAAAAAAAAGAAACACCUCAUGACUCAAGACUGAGGGGCACUCCUGUUCUAAAAAGUAAGCAAGCCAAGCCUUUGUUGAGAAAUUAACAACAAUUUAUUUCUUGUAUAGCCCAAAAUCACGCAAGGAAUGCCUCAAUAGGCCCGUUUUUGUUUGUUUUUUGACAGCCCCCUUUUGAAUCCGACAAGCCAGACGCAGUUAGGGUCCAGGAGACCUUGGCCGACAAGCCGCCUCCAUGUUUUAAGCCAUUCUCAAGCUGAGUUAGUGCUGGGCCAGCCAAUUUGAUGAAAGGACCCUUCUACCCAAUGAUCCCAGUGCUCCUCUAUCUGAGAUGACUAUUCCAUAGGCAGGCAAACACCAAGUGCCACAUGUGAGUACCAAGAAGAGAACCUGAACAGGCAAGGGUUUAUAAAUAGCAUAUUACUUCUGUUUUAGUGCUAAUGACUAACAACAGAGAUGCAGUCUGUACAGUUAAUCAGCAGCUCUAGGCAGGGUGUGCUAAACUGAAGUAGUGAGUCUUCAGCCGGGAUUUGAAAGCUGAGAUCAAAGGGGCAUCUUUUAUGGCAGCAGCUAGACCACUCUACAACUUUGAGAUCCUAUAACUAAAAGCUCGACCUCCCACUGUUAUUUUAUCAAUCCUUGGAAUCAUAAGCAGACCGGCAUCUUGAGAUCUUAUGGUGCGCUUUGUUUUCUAAGUAAUGAUAAGUUCAGACCUUGGCCAUUUCAGUCUUUAUAUUUUAAAAGUAGGAUUUUCAGAUCUGCCAUACACUUAACAGGGAGCCAGUUUAAGACUUUAAGAACUGGAGUUAUGUGUUUCUACUUUCUGGUUUUUGCAAUUGUUCUUGCAUCAGAAUUUUGAAUGAACUGAAAACUCCAUAAAGAUUUGUGCUGCCAGUGAACACAGCAAAUCCUGCUAGAAAUAAAUGCAUGACUUAAGUUCUCAGUAGUCUGCAUAUCUAGAACACCCUUUCAGCCUUGACAUCCUAUUACUAGUAUGCAGCCGUUUUUGUAAAGUACAGGUACGUUUGCAGCCGUUGGAACCAGGCGUGCUACUGUUAGUGCAGACUGGAUCGAGGUGGCAGUUGUUUUGGGUGGCACCUGGUGGCUUCUGUGCAUGACAUGUACAUAGCUCCAUUUUCAAUUUUAUUUCCUCAAGAAGACAGAAGUAUUUGACAGCUAUUGCUCCUUUUUGAGCUUUCUAGACACCCUAAAGGUAGAAUAUCUCACAAAAUAUUUUUUCCCAUAAAAAUAGAAAAUUCAGGGCUGAAAGGGUUAAUUGUCCAACAUUUUUAAGAUGGCCAAAAAAAUAAACAUAUUUUGGAUAGUUUUGUAGUGUAACUUAAAUGAACCCAGAGAGACGUCACGAUAACAUGACUAACAAAAAGAAACCCUCCAUGUUCGUCGUGACUAAAUACCGUAACACCAUCUAAACCGUAAAAAGAAGGGUCAGUAGGAGCAGUGCAGGCGCUCAAAUGAAAAGGAACAAGAGCCUCAGCAGUACAGAGAAACCCCAGGUCUCAAACGUGAAGCCCAUUCCUGUCUUGAUAGUAAGCACACCAAGAAAUUCUUUUUUUUUUUUUUUUUUUUUAUUUAUUUA